AUGGGCGACCCCACCUUUCGAGUGGCAGCCAACUUUGCCGCGCUCUUUGCUCAAAAGAGCGAAAAUGACCAAGAUAUCGUGGCACAGCAGGUGAAGGAGCUCGAUGAAGCCGGGCUCUUCCGGCUCGUGACGGCCAACGACGUGCCGGGCACGCUUGCACACCUCGCGACGGCCGAGACGGACCUCGCCAAGCGCGACAUUGUGGGCGCGACCCCGCUCCUGAUUGCGUUUCUGUAUCAGCACUUUGGCCUUGGUCAAGCCAUCAUCGAGGCGUUCCCAGUCGAGAAGGGCUAUCCAUACGCGCUCAUGACGUACGAAGACCGAGGUAGCGCCGUGUCGCCGUACCGCGGAGAGAACGCGCUGCACAUUGCGAUCGUCCACCGCAACAUAGACAUUGUCGAUUGGCUAGUGCAACGUGUGCCCGACCUCUUGGACGCCGAGACGACCGGCUCCUUCUUCGCACCGGGCAUGCCGUGCUACCUCGGCGGAACACCACUGCUCUUUGCCUUGGCGAGUCACUUGCUUCCGGCCGCGACCAUCAUCUUGGCGGCUGCCAAGAAGGCGCCUGCUGGGUCGCCAGCCGCCAAGACCUCCAUCAUGAUGAGUGACGGCUUUGGCAACAACGCACUGCACCUCGCUGUCGUCCACGACCUGCCGGACGUCUAUGACUUUGCCAUCAAGCACGCCAUGGCGCUCUACCCGUACGCGUGUCCCGUCCGGUUCGAGCCAACGAGCGCGGCGCCGUACGACCUUCCAGCGUUUCUGAAGCAGCUCUACGGCAAGGACAAAACCGCGUUCAGCCAAUUCCUGAGCCGACCGAAUGGCGAUUUUCUGAGCCCGCUGACGAUGGCCGCCGCCAUGGGCAAAAGCACCAUGUUCCAGCAUAUUCUGAGCGCCCAGACCACGACGGCGUGGAUGUAUGGUCCCGUGACCGCGAAAAUGAUUCCGCUCCGCGAACUCGAAGAGCCGUACGACGCCGAUCCCAAGCACGCCCCCGCGACGCGCCUCUGCAAGACUGCCAUUGAGUGCCUCUGCUCGUACCGACGGCUCUCGUGCUGCAUCCCCAUUGCAGCCACCAGCGACACCCUGGAGGCGCGGCUCAACCUCCUCAGCACCUUUGAGGUCAAGACGCUCAUCGAUAAAAAGUGGGCCUUUGUCGGCGGCGCUUUGUUUCAUCGCGCGUGCGUUCGCCACGUUCUGUACACACUCGUGCUCACCGCGUCGACGCUGGCGACAGACCAUUAUCGCCACCACCCGUUCAGCGUGCGGCGCGGCGGCUUCUCGCUGCUCGCCGAUCUCUACAUCCUCGUCGAGACAUAUGCCAAGGUUGCGCGCGAAGUCCGCGAGAUCCGAGAGCACGGCGUCCGUGACUACUGGCACGACACGGGUGCGGCCUUGGUCGACAAUGUACUCAAGCUCAGCCAAGUGGUCAUGGUCACCGGCGCGGUGAUCGCCCGUCUUCAGCGCCAGUUUGAGUGGGAAGACUGCUUCGUGGCUGGCGCGCUCCUUGGCGCGUACAUGCACAUGCUCUUCUUCCUCUACGGGUUUCGGCGAACGGGUGCCUUCAUUGUCAUGCUGCACCGUAUGCUCUUCUCGGACGCCGUCCGCUUCACGCUUGUCUACGUCUCGAUUCUCCUCGGUUUUGGCACGAGCUUAUAUGUGAUCGUCGAUGCACGCGAUGGGCCCGGCCCACUCGGCGAUCGGCUAAAGUCGCUCAUCCUCGCGGCCUUCGCAGCGACGUUUUCGUUUGACGAGUACCGGCUCAGCCGCAUGCCGAUCCCCGCGCAGCUCUUCAUCUUUGCGUACAUGGUGCUGGUCGUGAUCGUGCUCAUCAACCUCUUGAUUGCCAUGAUGGGCAACACGUACGACAGCAUCAUCGAUGGCGCCGAGCAGCGCUGGUACGCCGAGCGUGUCAACAUCAUGAGCAGUCUUGCGACGGGAGUUACUCGCGACGCCGUCGCGCGAAGCCGGCUCAAGUAUGCCGUCGAGCUCGGCCAUGGGCCCGCCAAGGAGCGAUACCUGCAAGUGGAGCUCGUUGAUGUUGAGAAAUGGCGGACGCCUCCGCUUGAGCCACCCGACGAGCCGCUGCUGCCACCGAAACCAGUUCUGAUUUCUGUUGCAACGCAAACGCAAGCGUGGCGUCCAGUCCGAAUGGCCAAUGCGACGACCAACACCCCUCGGCUACGACAAGCAACGCACCACAAAAAGGAGUCCACGCCGCGGCGUGCAGAGGUGACACCCGAGACGCUUGUGCCGCUGCAGCACGUUGUUCACGGCCCGCUGCGUCGACGUCUAGGCCAGCAAGAGCACGAGCGAUCGUAGUGGCGAUAUACGAUCGUGAUAAAUCUUUGGAAUGAUCAACACUGACGCCGUGUUGUCACG